AUGAAAGGCCAAAAUUGUUCAGAGCAACAACGAGUAUUGAAGCAGAUGCGAAAAGAUGCAGAAAAAAAUAUAAGAUGUGCAGAGGAAAAAUCUAAGCAAGAAAGAUAUAAAGAACAAAGGCGAGAAGCGAAAAGACAAGAGCAACGACGAAGAGAGGAGAAGAUACGAGAAGAGAUAAGAGAAGAGAUGAAACGUCUAGAGGAAAGACAAGAGGAAAGACUUACACAGGAAAUGUAUACAGAGCAAGAACGAGAAGAAAAAAGACAAGAAGAGCAAAGACGUAUAGAGCAAAAACGAGAGCUGGCUCUGGCCGAUACUUGUAAUAGGCUCACAAAGAUAGAGGCCUUGUAUCACGCUUUAAGUAUAAAGGCUAACAAUUUCACUAUUGAUCAAGCCUCUGGUAGCUUGAUUGUUGAUCGAAAAGAUGGCCAGCCAGAUGAAAUCAGACGCGAGUCCCCGCCGUCAUCGAUUGGUGGAAUCCUUACACCGGUCUCUACUAUCCCAUCAUUUGACGCUUACGCUUUGGUUGACGAGAAUACCCUUGAGGAUCCAAUAACACUGCCAAAACGCAUUCGCACUCGCGAAGCGCUUCUUUUAGAUCUGAUUACCACGGAGCUUCGUGAUAUGAUAAUUAUCGCCACCUGUUCAUGGUGGCACACAUGGAACCCUCUUGGCUCAUGGCUACCAGCAUCGAUGGCCGACAAAAAUACCUCCACAUUACCAGACUUUGUCCAUUGGGCAUUCGAAUCUCACGAUCCUUCGAUCAUUGGCAUAGCAAUACUUUGUAUCGCUGUGUGUCUUCAACAGUUAGACACUAGAGUUCAUCAGUACAUCAUCCGUCAACUUCCUGGCUUACCAGGAGCACUUUUCCAAGAGUACUUUGAAAAAGUGAAUCGCCUCGUUAUAGAUGAUUCGGAUUAUGCGAGUACCGAGGAGGGCAUUGAUGCAAUAGUGUUCUCGGCUAAGAUUUAUUUGAAUCUUGGCCUCAACAGAAAGUGCUGGGUACUCACCCACCAAGCAAUAGCCUACAGUAAGCUUCUUGGACACCAUCGUCCAAAUCGCCUCUCCGAAAACGAAACCGAGGUCCAAAGACUUCACCGAAAUCAAUCAUGGCUAUCAUUAUGUGCCGGCGAUGUCUACCUAUCUCUUAUCCUCGGCCUCCCUUAUGCAGCAGACGGACGUACCAUUCCAAUAAUUCAAAGCCAGCACAACACUACAUCAUUAUUCCACCACAAUAUCAUCCUUCUAUCCGCGAAAGUCAUCCGUAGAAAUCAAAGAGGCUUAAGUCUCUCAAUGUCAUGCACAUCAGAAAUCCAGAAAGGACUCGAAGUCACCACGGAAAAUCUUGAUGAAUCAUUUUGGAACGCACCAGUUUCAUUGGCAAAAGGAAAGAUCACCCGCGAGGAGUAUCUCGAGCAAAUAACUGCUCAAUGUUGGUUCUAUCAACUAUCAGUUCUUCUCCACAUGCCUCUCAUGAUACAUGCAAUCAAAGAUGCCCGACUCGAAACCCAUCGCAUCGCAUGCUUAGCCGCUUGUCGAAAUCUUUUGAAGCUAUAUCAUACCAUGCGUUCUGAUACGUUUGCCGCCUUUAGUAUGGUGAGAUUGCUAGACCAACAAGCAUUCGUCUGUUCCGCCUUAUUGAUUCUCGGUUUAUUGGGCUAUGGAAGUCCCACCCCACAACAUCAGGGAGGGAUAAGCCAGGAUAACGAUAGAGUUUUGAUAGGUAUAACGAUUGCAACACUCAGACAAACGAGUAGUACGGUUAACAAUUUGAUUGCGAGCCAAGCGGUUCAGGGACUAGAAACGCUGAUGUUGUUGGGGAAUAGCGAUUGCCCGCCGAAGGGGCGGACGCAUACAUUUGAGAAUGGUAAUCCCUUGGCAAAUAUUGUGAUUCCUUGCGUCGGAAUCAUCACGAUAUCACCUGGAGAAUACUACUGCAAUUCGAAUUCGUAUUCACGAGUGGAGAAAACAGUCAUACUCAAUGAAGCACAAGUGGAACCUUUUCUGGCGUUUACACUUUCGCAUGAUGUUUUUCAUGCAGAUUCCGGUUCCGCUAAUCAACCCUCUAUGAUGGCAAUCAUUAUUACCAUCGAUGACAGAGAAGCAAGUGGGCCUGGGGAAGGAAAUCAUAACCGUUUACAACCGGAGCUGCCACCGAAUGGUUUUGAUCGGGGUACUCGCACGACCGAUGUUGAGGAAGGCUGGGGUUGGUUGAGUGAUGUGAAUUUUUGA